UUAUAUCAUGCUAUGAAAUUCACCUGCAGCAACCGCCAAUUCAUCUGAAAAACUAACUAUAACCCCACACUACCUUACCUUACCUUACCUUCCUUUCAUUUCAGAUUCAAAAACUCACGCUCACAGCUCCAUCGUUGAACAAGCUUCCGAUUCCUCCGAAUCAAAUCAGACGGUCAGAAAACAAUUCAAUCACAUGUCAAAGUCAACAACAAUUUACUGAGCGCGCGCUCUCUCUCUCUCUCUCUCUCUCUCUCUCCGUUGACCACAAUGCAUAGCCGCGCAUCGCAGAACCGGCUAUCUACUCCGUCUCGGAUUUCGGUUCUCUUGCUCGCCAUGUUCGCAACCAUGGCCGCAGUUUACGUCGCUGGCCGGCUAUGGCAGGAUGCUGAGAAUAGAGUUUAUUUGAUCCAAGAGCUCGAUAAACGAACUGGCCAGGGUCAAUCUGCCAUUUCUGUUGAUGAUACAUUAAAAGUUAUAACGUGCAGGGAGCAACAAAAGAAGUUGUCGGAGCUUGAGAUGGACCUCGCUGCAGCCACACAGGAAGGCUUUGUUCCAAAGCACUUGUCAAAAAAUGACGGGACUCAUUCUAAGAAAAAGCUUUUAGCUGUCAUAGGAAUUAUUACAACAUUUGGGCGAAAGAAAAAUAGAGAUGCUAUUCGCAAGGCAUGGAUGCCAACUGGUGCAGCUGUAGAAAAACUGGCUGAUGAAAAGGGCAUCAUUGUACGAUUUGUCAUAGGAAGAAGUGCAAAUCAUGGAGACAGUUUGGACAGAGAAAUUGACAAUGAAAAUAGGCACACCAAUGAUUUCAUCAUUCUUGAUGGUCAAGUGGAGGCACCUGGGGAGUCUCCAAAAAAGAUGAAAUCAUUUUUUAUUCAUGCAGUAGAGAAUUGGGAUGCUGAGUUUUAUGCUAAGGUCAAUGAUGAUGUCUAUGUUAACAUAGAUGCCCUGGGAGCAAUGCUAACUAUUCAUAUGGAUAAGCCUCGUGUUUAUAUUGGGUGUAUGAAAUCAGGCGAAGUUUUUUCAGAACAGUCCCACAAGUGGUAUGAACCAGAAUGGUGGAAAUUUGGGGAUAAAAAAUCAUAUUUCCGACAUGCUUCAGGGGAGAUGUAUGUCAUGUCAAGAGCACUGGCUCAGUUCAUAUCAAUAAACAAAUCUAUUCUUCGUACAUAUGCCCAUGAUGAUGUUAGCACUGGAUCAUGGUUUAUUGGGCUUGAUGUGAAGCACAUUAAUGAAGUAAAGUUUUGCUGCUCCUCCUCGUUCUCAGUUUUUCCCCCCACAUCUCAGGGGCAAUUUGUGCAGCUGUGUGAGUUGAGUUGCCUCCAAUGACAAAUUAUUGAAACAAUUGGUACAUAUAGCAAGGGAAGACCCUUCUCUUCAACAGAUGUGUUUUCAACGUUCACGAAGUGAAGAGGAUUUUUUCUGCCAAAAGUUGAUUCCAGCUGUCUUUAAAGCUUGGAUUUCUCGAUUGGAGUGAUUUUGUGAGUAUAGAUGCUAACAUGCUAAUCAGUAUUUUUCAAGAGGCUCUGUACAUAGGUAACAUAGUUCUCAUUCGCAGAGACUUUGAAAGAUCAGCGAGUCUUCCGAUAUAUGAUGUAUUAUAAUUGACCUGUUUUCAUUCAUCCUCAUUGUUGCAAAUUAUUUUUGUCAUGUUGAAUCUAUUGAUUUUGUUAUCAAAACUUGAAAAGUCAUGGAACUUGCGGGUUAAAAAGGUGUUUGCAUAUGCGCAUGCACGAAUAUGACUGUAAGUUUCCACAGGAUUGCAGUCAAUUUUACAUCAAUAUUCCUAGUCCAAAUUCCAAUC